AUGAAGAUUGGGAAAAAGGGGGAAUUAAGUCUAAGAUUUAUUGAUCUAUAUGACGUGGUUGAAAGGAUUAGUCCAGUGGCCUAUCAACUCACGUUGCCACCAGAACUUGAGCGAAUCCAUGAUGUUUUCCAAGUGUCGAUGCUAAGGAAUUAUCGUGCAGACCCAUCCCAUGUAGUAACAGUAGAUGAAAUUGAGGUGCAACCUGGUCCUACAUACGAUGAUGAGCUAGUUGAAAUUAUAACUCGUGAGGAAAAAGUCUUACAAAAUAAGAAAAUUCCUUUAGUCAAAGUGUUGUGGCAAAACCAUAGAACCAACGAAGCCACUUGGGAAACUGAGGAAGUAAUGAAGUGUCAAUAA